CACUUCGGUACCCGGCUCGCAGUAGAGCGUCGUUCGUUGUACGGUGCGGUUCGUGACGUUCCGCGAUCCGUCUCUGAUAUCACUUCGUACCGUUCGAUAUGUAUGUAUGUGUGUGACUGUGCACGCGUUUCUUCGUCGCUUCAUCCCAGAUUCAGAAACAGCAGAAUCGUCCAAGAAAGUGUUUUCGUUUUCGCUACGUCUCCGUCACGUCGCGUCACGUCACGUCACGUCACGUCGCGUCACGUCACGUAACGUCACGUCUCCGUUUCGUUGUUUCUUUAUUUUUCUCUAUCUUUUACGUUUUGUUUAUUGGUGAACAAGUGCGAGCAAGAGAUCGGUUUGUGUUUUCCGCGGAGUUCCCUCUUAAUCCGAAACCCCCUCUUCUCGCCCACCCCCACCCACCCCUCCAGUGCCAAACGUGGAUUAAAAGACGUAUCCUCAGGGAAAACGCGGCCGGGGAGCAACCGGACCUCAGCCGGCGAGAGAAUCUCGAUGGUGAACGGUGAGGGAAGACCGCUGGCGUUUCUCCAGGAUCCUGAGAAUGUCCAUAGAAAGAUCGGGCCAGGGAAUGGAUCAUGAAGUGACCGUGUACAAAGGACACAGUGGACACGUGUGAUUCCUCGAGAAGUAUUUAGCCACAAUUAAGAUGUACCCCGCGCCGGCGAGACACCCAGCCGCAGCCGGUGGCGGAGGAAGCGGCGGGGCUGCGGGAGGGCUGAAAUUCACGGUGGCUGACACUUGCGAGAGGAUCAAAGAGGAAUUCAAUUUCAUCCAGCAACAGAACCACUCACUGAAGAUCGAAUGCGAGAAGCUGGCCAGCGAGAAGACCGAGAUACAGAGGCAUUACUUCAUGUACUACGAAAUGUCUUACGGUAUCACGGUGGAGAUGCACAAGCAGACGGAGAUCGCCAAGAGGCUGAACGCGAUAAUCGUCCAGCUACUCCCGUUCCUGGCACAAGAGCAUGGCUUGCAGCAUCAGCAGCAGGUGGCCAAUGCCGUAGAGAGGGCGAAGCAAGUCACGACGUCCGAGCUAAACGCUAUUAUUGGGUGGGAAUCUAUGCGGGGACCUGCGGAUACGAAUGCUGAUUAUACUUGGCACCCGUCUAAUAAGCUGCGGAUGCUAGCGCCGAUUAUGCAACAACAGGGUCUACAGCAGCUACUGCAACAGAUUCACGCGCAGCAGCUGCCCCAUGGCGCGGUGGUCGGCGGUCUUCCGCCGGCCGGGCUGUUGGGGUUCGCAGGUGCGGCCGCGGCGGCCGCAGCCGCGGUGGUGCCGCCUCAUCUCGCCCCGCCCCCUCAUCCCGCGGCCGCUGCUGCGGUCCAGGCACAGGCGCAGGCACUCCUGAAACCGUCUGACCUGCAGCAGCACCGGGCCGCCGCGGAGACGCCCGAGGACCGUAAGCCGAUCGCCCUCACCGACGACAGACUCAGGCGGUCCGUUUCACCGCCCGAGAAAUUCCGCAGCCGCACCCCUGACCUCGAGGGCGAUCCCAAGAGGCGGAAGGAGGAGAAGCUCGGACACGAGAGCGACGGGGAAAAGAGCGAUCAGGACUUGGUGGUGGAUGUCGCGAACGAGGAGGCGUCAUCACCGCACGCGAACGGCGAACACUCAGACCCACGUGAGAACGGCACCAUGGAGAAGCUGAGUGCUCCAGGACACGCGGGACCGACUUCCGGCGCUGGCUCGGCAUCCGUAAAAGACAGGCCGCCCUCGCGGAGCGGAAGCUCCUCCGCUCGUAGCACACCGUCUCUGAAAAGUAAAGAUAUCGACAAGCCGGGUACACCUGUGGCGGCGGCGAGGGGGUCGCGCAGCUGUACGCCAACUAUGGGCGGAAUCCCUGGGCCCUUGGCAUCGCGAGUCUAUCAUCCGCCAUCGUCGCAGCAAACGCCACCGCAGGGCUAUCAGGGUUUGCCGUCCCGCGGCAAUGAGCCACCGCAAUCGUCUUCGCCGUACAGCAACUUACCAUACGCCAGGACUUCCAUGCUCGGUUUCGAUGGUCACGUAAGGAUACCACCGGGUAACGGGAUGAGCAACAUCCCAGGCGGUAAAACAGCAAUCUCGUUCCACGCGAACGGCGAGGGUGAGAUGCAGCCUGUGGCAUUCCCCACGGACGCUCUGAUAGGACCGGGAAUUCCACGUCACGCGCGUCAGAUUAAUACCUUGACUCACGGCGAAGUUGUGUGCGCUGUUACCAUCUCGAAUCCGACCAAGUACGUCUACACCGGCGGCAAAGGGUGCGUGAAAGUCUGGGACAUAGGACACGAGGGCGGUGGCAGUACCAAGCCUGUAUCGCAGUUGGACUGCCUGCAACGCAGCAAUUAUAUUAGAUCGGUGAAGCUGUUGCCGGAUUGUAGAACGCUGAUAGUCGGAGGCGAGGCGAGGCAGCUGAUCAUCUGGGACCUGGCCAGCCCGACGCCGAGGAUCAAGGCGGAGCUGACCUCCUCCGCGCCGGCCUGCUACGCGCUGGCCAUCUCGCCGGACUCGAAAGUCUGCUUCAGCUGCUGCAGCGACGGCAACAUCGCCGUGUGGGAUCUCCACAACGAGAUUUUGAUCCGGCAGUUCCAAGGGCACACGGACGGCGCCUCCUGCAUCGACAUCUCCGCGGAUGGCACGAAGCUCUGGACAGGAGGGCUCGAUAACACCGUGCGUUCCUGGGACCUGAGGGAAGGCAGACAGCUGCAACAGCACGACUUGAAUUCGCAGAUAUUCUCCCUGGGCUAUUGUCCGACCGGAGAAUGGCUCGCGGUCGGUAUGGAGAACUCGAAGGUCGAGGUCCUCCAUGCAUCCAAGUCGGAUAAGUACUGCCUGCUCGUACACGAAUCCUGCGUCCUAUCGCUGCGUUUCGCGUCCUGCGGCAAAUGGUUCGUCUCCACCGGCAAGGACAAUCUGUUGAACGCCUGGCGCACACCCUACGGAGCUUCAAUAUUCCAGUCGAAGGAGUCAUCGUCGGUACUAAGCUGCGACAUCUCCGCCGACGACAAGUAUAUCGUGACCGGGUCCGGUGACAAAAAGGCCACAGUAUACGAAGUGAUUUACUAAGCGCACGCUAUAAAGGACGUUCAUGUUUCUCACCCUUUGCCGGAAUCCGAACUCUAAAGAAAACCCGCGGCUCUCCCCGACCCCCUCGGCUCCUUUUCUCGCGGGAGAACCCGGGAGAAGUGAGACUUUUAGCAGCCUUAGGAACCUAGACUGUUACUACUGUGUAUAUAUUAACGUACGAGGUCUAUACUACGCUAGCGUUUUAAGAGGAAGAGCCGAAGACGAGACGGCGAGAGGAGAGGACGUCGGCGGGAGAGGACGACGGCGAUCAUUCGACGUGGCGCGAACGAGCGGAAGAAAAGAAGAAAACAGCAAAAACGAAAAAAAAAGAAAAAAGAAAGAGAGAGAAGAUCGGAGGAAACGAACGAAGUGAAGUUAUAAGGACUACGAGAGAACCCCGAUGUGUGUGCCAGAGAAGCUGUAUAUGUAUAUUAGAGUUGCGUGUGCGUGGCCCGAUUGUUACCGAAACGACGGUGUGAUUUCCGCGGAGGAGAACGAACUGAUUCUUUGUUUCGUGUGUACACAACGAGAUUACGCGUUCUCGACGGGACACGUGUUACCGGGCGAUAACUUGCAUGCUCGUCAAGUGACCGGGGAAAGCCUUGCAACUGGUGAUGCUAGAUAUGAUUUCGUAUAAAUACCUAAUUGUAAAAUCAACGCACGGCCGGCGCGCGAGGUAGGCGAGAAAUCCUGGCCGAUGAUGGCACGGUUCUGUCCGCGACGACGACGACGACGCCCCACCGAUCUCGCUUACAGCCGGCAAAAAUGAUUCUCUUCGAAACUUUUUCAACUGUUUUGCAACCAUUGUCCCCCCCACCCCUUCUCGCGCGUUGCUGCUAGGCGAUAGCGACCUUACCGCCCGCUGCGCACCCUUUGAACCCUUUUCGAACGGCGAGCGGCCGGAUGCUGACCCGCUCUCGGCGCGGGCUCGUUACAGUUUCCCACGGAUAAUUAGUAAUCUCCGAGGAGAGUCGCGACGACAGAAUAAACUGGAACACGUCGACGUCGUGGUGAACGGAGCUCCGCGACGAUAUUCGGUCUACCCCACCGGGUCCCCCCUCGGCUUCCGUUCAUACGUCGCGAAAGGGUUCGAUCGUUUAAAUGUUUCGCGCGCGCACUCGAUCGCGAAUCGGUACGGCGCGAUCGGGAAACAUUACGGAGGAGUAUAUCGUCGUUGAAAAGACGCGUCGGGCAACGGCUGUUUCUACCUGAACGAGGAAAGUAAAAGACGCAAGACAAAAGCUGCACUACGGGGUGGCGCGCAGUGCUGUGUAUUGUUUGAAACGUAAACUGGCCAUGACCAUUAAUUUUAAAUAUAUCGAUUAAAAGUGAUUGUCUUUUCUAUUCGAGGAUGCGCGGUGAUCUCGUGAUUAAUUCUCUCUGAAUUCUUUACAGUGAAUCGCGUGAUAAGGCGUUAAGGGGUAAGUAAAUCGUUAUUUAUCUAUCAACGAAAAUCCGCUCGAAUCGUUCUUGUCUCUUCUCGAUUAUUUCUGCAAACAGAGAUUCUCUUCUUCGCCAUGCGGUAUCCGAACAGAUAAAUAAUACGGUGCAAAUCUUUUAUGCAGUUUCUCGCUUUUCGUAGAUCGUCGGUUAACAGGAAACAUUAUUAUUAUUAUUGUUAUUAUUCAGUGAUACGAAUUCUUCGGCAAAUGCAUCAAGAUCCGCGGUCUGGUCACAAAGUUCCGUGCUCGGUGUAAUAAUAUCGAACAAAUCCGAAGAAAUCGCGCGAAUCAAAAGCAAGUAAAUUUAUCGUGAAAUUCUCUUCAAAUUCUCUUCUUUCAAUUUUGUUUCAUAGGACGAUGAGAAAGGCGCGGAGGAUGAACGCAAGCCGACGCGGAAAACGUGCGGUUUCUCAAUGUCUCGAAUAAACGCAUCGUUAUCAGACCGCCGAUCUCUAUGCAAGAUUAUAAUUUCUCGAAGAAGUUUGAAGAACGAGGUAGCAGUUACUUGAAUUAAAAUUAAAAUAAAGCAACAGUGUCUUAAAACUCUUCCGAUAUAUAUACUACAUAUAUUUUCUUCGUUGAUGCACAAAACCCGCAGCCUACUCGUUGUACAAUGAUAAAUAAUAGAAGAAAGUGAUUCGUUCGAUUUUGCGGACGAACGAACGGCCCGCGAUUCGGGCGGUGAAACUUAUUAGUGCGAUUAUUGCGCGAAACUUGAGCGGGCCCGUGACUGCAACGACGUAACGAAGUUUCCUCCUAUUCCGUCUGGUUGGGUGAUGCGUUGCAUGAUAGACGCGCGCGGAUAACAUGAAAACGCUGACCACGCCGAAUGCAGGCGAUCUUAAACGCUGCGCCGGUGCGCCGCGCGUGUAUCAUUGAAUUCGAUUAACCCCCCAUAGCUGCUGUGCCACAUCGAGAUUGGCAAAGGAUUUUGAAAUGUUCGCGAGAGAGAACGAUGGCUCGCGCGCGCGAUGGAUGCUUCGAACGUUGAAAGUAGAAGAAAGAUUCACAAGACCCACGCGUUCGUUACCAAAUAGCGUUUAAAAUACAAUCUCCUUGUCAGUGCUCUCUUAUUGUGCUUACGAAACACUUUUUAACCGCGAGACUAAGCGCGGUUUAUCCGAACGUACGUAUUAUUUUUCAAGUGUGGGAACGCGGUUGAAAUCGCUGUUUCCCGGUGAAUAAUUAUUACUUUCGAUGUUCCGUUCACGAUAACAGUUUUCGAAUAGCUUUUUAGGCUUUUCGUCAAGAAAUCGAAACCGAAAUUUGUAAUUGAUUGCUCUACGGUUUUGAACGUUUUAGUAACAGCGAUCCUGUGACGUAAUAACAGCGCUAAAUAUAGUCUGUAUUGUAUAGAAGAAAUGAAGUAAAAAGAGAGAGAGAGACCGGAAACUGUAAGUUAACUUUCGUGUAAACGCAAAAAUAACUGUAAUUAUUUCGCUUUCGGUUUCUUCCGACUACGUAGUUGCAUUUUCUACGACGAAUUGCAACUUAAAAAGAAAAAAUAUGGAACGUUCGAGUCCUAUUGUGAGCAUAGUUGCAACUAUUUUCUUGCGUCAGAUUUUACUAUAAAAAGAAAAACAAAAAACAAGACGUAUUAAGUUGUAUUGCGUACGAAUGAGUGUAAUUAAUGAACAAAACUCCUUGUACAAAAUUCUUAGAUACGGACUUGGAUAGAUGUAAUAUCGAGUAAUGAAUAAAAAGUCUAUGAUUUAUUCGCAAAUGAACAAUCAAUUUUUCCAUUGUAACAACGUCCGUUCGCCAACGAAGGGGAUUCUUGUGUUUAUUUGCUUAUAAGACAUCCUCAAGUGAAGUUUCUUAUUCUUAAAUUGACUGUUAGUUUAGUAUAUGUGUCAACGAUAAUAAAUAAACCACAGGUUCUAUGCAUUUAUGGUUAACGCGGAUGUGUAAGACACAACCAAAUAAAUGAAUUUAAUAUGAACGUAA